CUUGAGUCUGGUGCAUCCCUCAUCCUACAUGAACAGUAAGGCCCUGCUGCCGUUCGAAGACAGGGCUGUAUGCAAUGCGCCUUGCCUGUCCCGCCGGCUCGAAUUCAACUCCAUACACAGGGCGCACGCACUCACAUCGACCAGAAAAUGCACUGAACACCCCGCAUCGGCAGCUUGACUAGUUCCUCUUAUCUACACGCUUAGUGUUGUAUGAAGGCCAGCAGCCAAACGCCGAGUGAAUGAAAAAUGGGCAACAGCCCCUCCACAUCCAAAUCCACGAGCCAGUCGUCAUCCCAACAAGCACAUUCUCAGCAUGAUCGGCCGGUGAGGCGAGAAAACAAGAGCCCGUUCCCGGUGCAGAACCACGCGGUUGCUGCCCCGCCAGAACCCUCGCUCACUCAGGCGCAGGGCACCGCUGUCCAACCGCCGUCAAACACCAGCAGCCGGUCAAACCCGCUACAGACCCGGCCGUUCGGGCCCGGCGGCUCAUCGGACUUCUCGGCCGCUUCUUCUGCCACCACCGCCGCCAGCUCCACGAGCUCCGCAACACCAGUCGACAUCAAGCCGGGCAGCCUUGGCACGAGCCAUGUGCCUACGAAGCCCGUAGCCGUGCCCAACUCGCACAAUUUACCAUCAUCACCGAGAUCGGAAGACAACUGCGAUUCCGCCACGAUGCCCUACAGCAGCUUGCAGGAAGUGUCGUACCUGACGAGGCCCCCGCGGCUACCGCUUCCUAUCGAGGAGGAGGUCCACACCCCCGGGUCGCCCAUCAUUGCGCCGACGGAUGUUGACCAGCCUGUCGGCGAUGUCGAGGGCUUGGACGCCACAGGGCUCACCCACCCAGUCUCGAACCUGAGCGACAACUCUGUGCUCGAAGAAGACGACACCGAGGAAUUGUUGGUGGACAAGACCAGGCCCACGGUACCGACAAGGCUGGAAUGGCGGCACGGCGGCGACAAAGUCUACCUGACGGGCACCAUCUUCCAAUGGAACCGCAAAACGCGAUUGCAUCCAGUCGAGGGCCAACCAGGCGUCUUCGCUACGACGAUCAACAUUCUACCUGGGACACACCAUAUUCGGUUCCUGGUUGACGGUCAAAUGCAAACAUCUCCCGAUUAUCCCACCACGGUUGACUUUGGCAACAAUCUGGUCAACUACAUAGAGAUCACGCCCGAUGAUCUGCCGCCAACACCAGCUGAAGCGGACGGCGUCCCCGAAAGCAAGAGUUCCCAGCAGCAGGAACAGGCACACGCGGCUCCCACCGAGGAGGAAAGCAAGGUCCCUAUAGCUAAGGAUAGAGACGUGCCGCCGGCCAACCAAUUUGCGAAUAAGGUACCCAAGUACCUCCUCGACCUGGAUCAGUCAGAAGACUCUCCGUUGUACCAGAACGCCGUGCUGGCCACGGAGAGGUUGCCGAAUCCGCCAGGCCUCCCCUCAUUCUUGAGCAAACCGAUCCUCAAUGCGGCCACGCCGAGGAAAGAUGACAACAGCGUCCUGACGCAGCCCAACCAUACCGUCUUGAACCACCUCGCGACAAGCAGCAUUAAGAACAAUGUACUAGCUGUCUCGGCAACGACGAGGUACAAGAGCAAGUAUGUGACAACUAUUAUGUACAAGCCCACAACGGCAGAGGGCAUCUAGGUUCAGACGGUACGGCGGUCGGGAGUAUCGGCAGUUCCGCAUGUCAACGCCGCGCAGCUAGGGCUUAGCUUGACGCCCGCUAGUGUGGGCGAUGGUUGGCUUCCGGUGUGGCGACGAAACUACUAAAGAAGGGUAGGGCCACGGAGUGUCAAUUGAUAGACCGAUGUGCGAAUGUA